UCACACUGCUCACCAGCAAAACCAAACAGCAACAACAAACAAACAAAAAUAGUGCAUCACAAUAAUGCUAUUAUCAGUAUUAAUUAAAGGGAACACCACCAGCAUAAUCGAAACCAUGCCAACUUUGCGUCAUUAAGAACAAUUGAACAUUACAGACCUUCUGGAAAAUCCCAGAAGCAUGAUAGUGACGUCACUUGCGAAACAAAGCGAAAACUGCGCAGAAACACAAGGGAAAUCUGUUUAGGCAAGGUCGAUGGAAAAAGAGGCGGGAGUAUUAUAGAAACUGAUCCCCCAGAUUUCACUUUUACCACAAUUACAAAUUGAUUACAAAUCAAAGCGGAGCGAGCUCAAAGUAUUCAGUUCAAGAUGACACGCGAUGAGAAGCUGCCGCUCAAACAGGCGGAGAUCUCCAUACAAAGGUUUCAGGAUACGGCGGUACCCCACCAUCUGAGCCUUUUAAAAAACCAUCGCAGCAAUAUUGAGAAAAGUCUUGCCCUCGGCGACUGGCAAAAAAUCAAAAAAGAGGAACUCAAUGCCUGGCGGGUUGUCAAGCAGAUCAAGAAUCUGCUUCUGGAAAUGGAUGCACUGCGUGAAAAAGUGCGGGAGGAGGAUCUGGAACGCUUUGAUGACCUCAUGCGUCCUGGCAGGGAAAACGCCUUUGCUGGCAUGAAGGAAUUUGCAGAACUGCAACUCAAGUCACCUACCUCAACUUUGGGUUCCCAGUACGACGAAGACCAGGAUAAAGAACCACAGGACGUGGACAUGACCAAUUUACCAGCCCACCGUCACAUGCCGCAACUACAACUCAAUUUCCAGCCGGAGGAGCACCAGUUGGCCCAAAGACAAGCCUGUCUGGAUCAGAUGGAAAACCUGCAAAGGGAGAUUUACGAUCUACACGGAAUGUUCCACGGCAUGCGACAACUGACUGCAGAGCAAUCAGUAGUGGUUGAGAAGAUCGCAGACAAUGCGGAGGAAGCUCUGGAAAAUGUUCAGCAAGGCGAAUUGAACCUGCGCCGGGCUCUCACCUACAAGAAGGCCAUGUACCCUGUUAUGGGAGCUCUCCUGGGCACCUGUGUAGGAGGACCUAUAGGCCUGGUGGCAGGAAUUAAAGCUGGAGGAUUGGCUGCCGUGGGUUGUGGCAUUCUUGGCUUCACCGGUGGUUCCGUUCUCAAGGCUAAUCCCAAUGUAAUGCACGGCAAUAUAGAGGAGGAGCAGGCGGAGCCGGAUAGCGAAUCGACCGAGAGACUGGAGCUCAAGGAGAAGCCGGAAUGACCCGCAGGAGAAAGCGCUCCACGAUCCGCAUCCACGGCUCUGGCCACUACGCACAUCUGGUCGGCGAAUACGCGGCGCUUGGAGGCGGCCACCAGCGGAGUUAUCUGCAGUGUGCGCAGCUAUUGUUCCAUUCAGUAGAAAUUUUACACUGGUUUUAGUUCAAUAUCCCCAUUUUGUGAUUAUCCAUGUGCAGUAGAGCUAAAAAGCAUCAUCUCAACAUUGUUUCUAAUUUAAGCGUUGGAUAUUUUGAUGUUCACAUGACACCGCAACUGUUUGUAGAUUUUAAGGCUUUAAUAAGCAAUAAUAAGUCGUAGCUUUAACAACUA